UCAGGGCAACUGAUCUUCAACAGCCCUGAUGCUCUCAUCUGGAGUGGAGUCUCUCCUUGAUUCUUCUGUGUCUGCUGUAAUAGAGGAGUUGUACACUGGACUGCCGGAGAGCACAGAGCUCAUGGCCGUGCCGGGGCCCAGCCUUGGAUUAGAUGCACAGUCUGAUGGGCUGGUACCCGUGCUGGCACACAGGGAUGGGCCAUGGACUUCUGCCACGGGAAACUUCUGCCAGAAGACAGAGGAUUUGGGUGAUAUGCUCCAGGUGAUUUCUCAUGGGCCAGCAGAAUCCUUUCCUGAAGAAUUAUUACAGGCUGGAGACCUUGCAGAGGAUGAAAAAAGCAGAAGAGGACACUUUAGGAAACUAGACUGUUCUAGUGAUGGAUACCAGAAAGAAGAUGUAGAGGCACAAGGUGCUGAGGACCAUCAUGCUGAAUGUUGUCCUUUAACUCCGGGGGAAGGUUGGUCAGAACAAGAGGACCCUCACUUAAACGAGCAAGGAACAAAGUCCUUGAGAACCUGCUGCGCUGAAACUGCAGGAUCUGUGAGGAACACAGAAGAAAACCAAGCAAAUGUUCAGGUGACAGCUGAAACUCUGCCAAAGCUCACUGAAGAAGUACAAGGUAUGAAGGCUGAUGGGACUAGAAUAUUUAGUAAAGCAGGAUGCAGGAAUGACAGAGUGAGUAAAGGUCUUCCACCUGAAAGCAAUCAAUGCCCAGACGUAGACACAGUCAUGGCCAGAGCUGGGGUUUCAGAAACCAACAUCUUAGGUUUUUUAGAGCCUUUAAAAGUCAUGGACAUUGGAGCAGCUACAGAUUAUCCACAAGAAACAAGUGACUAUAGUGGGUCAAAAGCCCAUGCUGCCAUGCCAUUGAGAGCAGGGGGGAAUGGUGUAUCUGUUUUGGAGAUUAGAGAAGAAAAGUUACCCAGACAAAAUCAUCUUAAUGAAUUCAGUUCGUCGUUUGUUAGUUGCCAGACUUGUCAGCAGGAUGAAGAAAAUUAUGCUUAUGACUUCUUUAAGGGUACUGUACCUGAACAAAAUGAACCUCGUGAAUUGUUCUCAGCAGAAAGCUGUAGAACACUCUCCACACAAAGUUCUGAAGUUUUAUGCCCGGUUCUGAAAAGCAUCUCUUAUCUGGACUUUGGAAAUACGUCUCUAGAAAGCCGUUCUGCAGUUCAUGGAAUUACCAGUGAAACCCCCCAGAAGUACCUUCCCCAAAACAUCAAACAUCAUACUCUUUAUGAUCAUGGAACUGGGUUUUUGGAAAACCAAACCUCCACAUCUGUACCAGUAGAACAGAUCUCAGUGGUAAGGAACAAAGGAUUAUCUAGUGCAAAAUCUGAUCCUAGGGAAUUAAGUGCUACUACAGGAAAAUCACACAGCUCUGAACCUGAAGAGGCUGCUGAAGUCUGGAGAAAAAUUGCUGUGGGAGAUAAUAUUGAAAUGUGUAGCUGGCCUGAAGCUCAAGAGGCUGCCAAUUCUGAGCGUUGUCGUUCUCCAGUUUUUAGUUCUGUUGCUCCAUCUUCUCAUAAGUUCUCAAAAGAAAAAUUUAAAAUACUCCCUUCAGAAGGUGAUAAGUUGAAAAAGGACCAGUGGCAAUUCUCUGUCAGUGACCCAUGCAAAAAUGAUAUAAAAGAAAAUUGUUUGUGGGUGGAAACAAGUAACAUUGCUUCCCAUGAAACUGGACAGAGAGACAUAUGCUUUUAUAGUACUGCCAAUAAAAUUCCUCCUCUCAGUAAUCACAGCUGUCUUGACCUUGGUACCAAGCUAGGAAAAGACUCACCCAAGGCACAACUGCUUGAAAAGGAAUCUGAGAGCAAUACAACAUCAGAAGAGUUUGCUGGUAGUUUAGUUGGAGCUCCAGAAGCUGAGAGUAGUGACAGCUUAUCCAGUGGGAGCAAACCCAAUUUGUUUUAUACACUAAAUGUAACUCUACCUCCUGUUUUACAAAAAUCAAGAGAACCUCAUUAUAAUGAGUGUCUUCCUUGUACUGCUAAAGAAGUUUCAUGCAGGGACCAGGCUUGGGGUAAUCUGUCUAGAAAAGAAUCAGUUGGUGCUUCUGGAACAACAGUGGAACCAAUUGCUGAAGUUUUGCUUCAUGAAGACAAAUUCAAGUCUUCUGUAAAUUCCAUGACUUCUGAUAACCCUAAUACAGCAAUCAGAAUAUCCCAAAUGAAUGUAAAAUCUUCUGCAGGAAAUAUGGAGAGAGUGGUCACUGGUUUAGAAAAUGAACAUUGUCACACAUGGAUUUGUAAUAAUCAGAAUAUAAAAAAACAGUGUACAGCUGCCAGUACUUCCUGUAUUUUAUCAGGGAGUACACGUGUGGAUGAAGUUUUCCUGGACAGUCAUUCUUUUGGUGUUGAAGUUGGUAAGAUUGAAGAAAAUGAUAAUUUGGAAGGAGAGUCUUCAUCAGGAUUUAACAGUAAAGAGGCAAUUACCUUUCCAGAAGCACAUGCCCCUUUGGCACGUGGAUGUCUUUGUGAAAAUGACUGGGGCAACAGAGGUAUAGCUCUGUAUGGGAUAAAUGACAUUCCCUCAGGAAAACCCAUGUUUUGUUCAGCAUAUACUGCAGAGAAGUCUACUGCUACCUUGGCAAGAGAUGAGAUUUCUAAUAAGAAUAUGGAGGUUGUGGAACAACUGGAACUUUGUAAAGUAACGGGCAGUGAAAUUGUCAGUGACAGAGAGGAGGCAAAAGAACAGAUUGGCAUAUGUGCUUCCCAGAGAGAUGAAUUUGAUAAAACAAGAGCUGUGGAUUCCCAAAAUGCUCCUGGAAGCCAUCAGAGAAAUAAGACUAGUGAACAGCUAUUAGUCAGAUAUUUGAACAAAAACACCUGUGCUCAUAAUUUUGGAUUUUACAACUCUCUGUUAGGCCCACAGAAAAGAGAACUCAACACAUGUGAGCAGGAAGAAAUGCCAUUGCUCACAGCUGAUCCCUCCGGGUGUAGCACUUCAACCUGUGAUCCACACCCAGCACCUGACAACGUGAACAUUCCAACACAACAUGCUGGCCAAACAGAAGAGACCCUUUGUCUAAUGGGAAAUCAGUUUCAUCCAUGUCAGAGGGAGUCUGAUGUCCCAGUGCUGGGCAGUGAGCAACACUCAGAAAGUUUAACCAACCAACCAAACACUGGCUUACAAACCAUGGGUGGUUCUGUGGAAAAAGAUGAAAUUGGUCCUUAUCACAGUGAAGAGAUUCUGCUAAAAACAGGUGGUGACCUGCCUCUGUUAGACCAUAGAUAUGCAAGAGAAACCAGGUUUGAAGGAGGUCUACAAGAGAAUGUAAUGGGUUUGGACUCUUCAAUUGGUGUGAAAAAUGAAGAUUCUUUGGGAUACAUGGACUCCAUCAGUGAUCUAAUUGAACAGAAGACAGUCAGACUGCAAGAAUGUGAGAACAGAUGCGAAAGAAAAAAUAAAGGAACUCUUGAAGAAAACUUUUUUGAUGACAAACAACAUUGCUCACAGCAGGCUCAUUUUAUCGUAUGUGCAAAAGAGAAAGCAGAGCUGGAGUUUACAGGAAACAAAGCGCAGAAAUCUUUGCCAAAGAUGAAGUGGUUGGUGGAGAACCAGGAAAAUACAACUAGUGCUCAAUUUCUGCCCAUUUCAUCAAUUAAUGGGAGUCUUUCAUACAAGCCAGAAAAUAGGAAUGUGCUUUCAGAUACAGAAAACAGAGAAAGUCUGAGUAUAACUCCUAUCUUAAAUAACUCUUGUCCUCAGUUAACUUUUGAGCCUGGUAAAGAAACUGACGCUCAAAGGAGUGUUUGUCCAUCUCAUUUGGGAAAGUUUGACAUCCAAGAAUCUUGUGUUGAGACUCAGGCAGAUUCAGAAACUGUGUCAGCUCUGCACUCUCACAUCUCUCUGCCUGAGAAAGAAGAGUUGCAUAUGUCACCUGAGAGUACACAAAGAGAUAAUUAUGAUUCAUCUGCAGCUGGAGCUUUUAGCCAAGGUACAUCAAUGACAAAAAUUCUUUCUGUAACAAUUUCCGUUAAGAAAAAAUCCAGCAAUGUUGAGGUUCCAUCUUCAGGGAAUGGAUCAGCAGCUGGCUCUCUGAAUGGUGCCAAAAGCUCAAGAGUUUGUGCCCACAGCAAAAGAAGUCUGGAAGGUGAAGGGCUUUGCACACCAACUGUGUGAAUACCUAUCUUAAAUAAAUCUUGCCCACAGUUAGCUUUUGAGCCUGGUAAAGAAACUGGUGAUCAAAGGGGUAUUUGUGCAUUCCAUUCUGAAAAGUUUGAUAUCAAAGAAACUUCUAACAGGACUCAGAUGGAUUCAGAAACAAUGUCAGCUCUGAACUCUCACAUCUCUCUGCCUGAGAAAGAAAAGCUGUCUAUGUCACCUGAGAAUACACAAAGAGAUACUUCAUCUUCAGAUAAAAAAUUUAGCAAAGAUAGUUCAAUGACAAAAAUUCUUUCUGUAAAAAUUUCCGUUAAGAAAAAAUCCAGCAAUGUUGAGGUUUCAUCUUCAGGGAAUGGAUCAGCAGCUGGCUCUCUGAAUGGUGCCAAAAGCUCAAGAGUUUGUGCCCACAGCAAAAGAAGUCUGGAAGGUGAAGGGCUUUGCACACCAGCUGUGAAAGGUAUGGACAUGAGCUCACCAAAAAGUCCUUCUGGUGAAGAGAAGUUUAAGAAUACCUGUGUAGAACAGAAGAUAGAAAAAGAGGUAGCCCCUAGAGGAAGGUUGCCCAAAGAUUGUCCACGGGCCUUGGAAGAUUCUAAAGAGUCUGGUAGCAAAAUAGUCCCCCUCAGGACUGAGAAUUAUGGAAAGGUUUUGGAAGAAAUCCGAAGAUCCAAAUUAAAUCAUCUUUCAAAAGAAAGGCAAAAUGAUACAAAGCUCCCAAACUUAGCACAUACCAGUGUACUUUCACAAACUGUGCAUGAUUAUCAGGCUGGAGCUGUAUCUGACACAGAGGCUGCCCCAGAAGCACAGGAUAAUACAACACCCACAUUUUCUCCACCUCCGAGCACACUAUCAGACAGCUGCAAACAACCAUCCCCAAACUGUGUGGUUUGCAGUGAAGCAUGUGUGCUUUACAAAUUAAAUGCACAGAGCAAAGAUAAUGUAAAGGAGGUAACAGAAGGCCAGGACAAAGCACCAACUCGUGCAGUUUGCAAGCAAAAUGGGGCUUUAGGUUCAGAGAGACUUAAUCAAAUAGAGGAACAUCAAGUACUUAAACAAAAGAAGUAUGGAAAGGUGGAAGUACAUCAGUUGGGCAAGGCACAACAAGAACAGAAGUUAGAACAUCAGGAGAAAGCUAAAAUCAUACUGCAACCAAGUAUGUUGCACAGUUCUGAACUCUUACACAGCUCUUCAGCUGAGUUGAUGACAUCUAGAAAUACGAAGUUUGGAGGCGCUUCAGAGGAGAUUCUUGCUGUAAGAGGCAGUGAAAGUAAACUAUGUAGCACUUUACAAGAAGUUAAAACGCCAAAGAUUACCACAGAUUUUAUUAGUUCACAGUUUUUGAAGACUCAGGAUUUGGAGAUGGAAAACCAGAACCUUAAUUUAGGGUAUGAUGGGAUCCCUGGUGCCUUUGGAACUACAAAUAAACAAAGAGGAACUACAAAUAAACUAAGAGGACCUCUUCCAUUAAAAAUACAACCUGGAAGGGCAUGCAAAAAAGUUCCUAUGUUGUAUCAGCUAAAAACAGGAAGAAAAAUUAAAAAAAUUAAAAGUUCACCUUUCUUUGAGAUUCCCCUGGAAGUAUUCCCUAAACAGGAAAACACACUUCUGGAAUCUUUGUACUUUCCAUGUAAACCACCAGCAGUGGAAAAGGAAACAGCCAUGAGAUUUGCGCAUAUGCCAAGGCAGAGGGCCAAGGGGUGCAGUUUGUUGAACAGCUUGAAAUUUAGAAAAUGUACCAAAGACCCAGCAUUGUUGAGCAAAUUGUCUGCAAUGGCCAACAAGCUCCUGGCCCCUGCCAAAAGCAGCCGUCACUUAGAACGUCUGCCAUAUUCUUCAGAAAUUCUUCCAGUGGGUGACAGGUACAGCCAAUGUAGAGCUAAAAAUCUCUUGGAAGCCUUUUCUUGCAUUAACAGGAACGUACACUCACGCUGGGCUGACAGCUGGUGUACCAAGAUGUUCAGUUUUCAGCCUUUGGCCCUUUAUCCUGUACAAACUACCAAAAUACUUUCUUCAGACUUAAGCCACACGCCUCCGACCCCUUUCUUGGACACCUCCGUUUUCCCAAUUUCUUUUCACAUAAAAUUGGACUCCAGUCCUGUGACAGACCUCAGAGGGAUUACAUCCCAGCACUCUGUACAUCACAGCCCAGUUUUCAGAAAAACUCCAGCGCCAGCUUCAAAGUGGACUUUGUCUUUUCUCCUGUCUCAGAGCUGUUCAGAUACAACAGCUUUCAAGGAAGAUUCCAGUGUAAAUAAUGAGCUUCACUCCUCUCACUCCACAACAACCCCCAGGACUGUUGCUGUUCAUCCUGACCCCAGAAUAAACACUGUAGCUGGAAGAAGAGGAGGUUGUUCCACGCUUGGCCUUCACACAGUGUUAGCACUUUCUUCCCCUGGAUGUUACAGGAUUUGGACAAGAAGAAGAAACUUAACCAGUCAUAUUCCUACGAUCCAGAGACUUUUUAUAUCGCAGCUGGCACAGGGUUUGAAAGGGGACAGGUACCCGAGGUGUGUAUCCGAUGACCUCGUCUCCUCAUUGCCAUACUCACUGGGCAGGGUAUUGUCCAUAUGGAGUCAGCAUGGUCCUUCUGCCCGUCCUUCUGAAAUCACUUCUCUCCAUUCCAAUCACUGCAAGUGGCAGCCAAGUGUGGGCAUCGAGAACAGGGAGAGGCUGAAUUUAAAUAUAUUUGCCUUCACUUCUUUAAUACUAUCCUGUUUUGGCAGAAUGGCUAACUUUAUUUUCUUCUCCCUUGCAAAAUAUACACACCAUGCAUCAGAGUAUAUAAUGCAAAAGGUGAGCUACUUCAUUAGGUCUAUUCAGAGUGACUGCAGAGGAACUGGAUUUCUGAGCUGUGCCAUGUUACCACACUUACCUGUACAGAGUAUGGGAGCACUGCAGACCACAGGCCAUGUGAUUUGUCUGGAAACUUCAUUCCCUCUUCCAUUACCAAAGCCUCAUGCACUUCCAGAGUCACUGCCAUCUCCCCCCAGGCUUUCAGCAUCUGAGCUCCAGAUCCCUGCCCUUGAUGAAGCAGAUGCUUCUGUUCCAGCCUGUCUGAGAUCCCAAGAUGACACAGAACUGAAAAAAACUGAGCCAGAAAAGAGGCCAAAGAAAGUCUCACAGAUCCGAAUCAGGAAAACUGUUCCUAAGCCAGACCCUAACCUUACUCCAAUGGGACUACCCAAACCAAAAAGGCUUAAGAAGAAAGAAUUUAGUUUAGAAGAAAUUUACACAAACAAGAACUACAAGUCUCCUCCUCCUGCCAGGAGCUUGGAAACAAUCUUUGAGGAGCCCAAGGAGAAAAAUGGACACUUGAUCUCUGUCAGCCAGCAGAAGAGAAAGCGGAUUCUAGAGUUUCAGGACUUUACCCUUCCCCGGAAAAGGAAGAUACGAGGCAAAAUCAAAGCAGUGGGUAGUUUCACCCGAGCAAAAAGAGCUGCACUGCAGAGUGCAGAGUUAGAUGUUCUUCUGAGUCAGAAGCUAAUGGACCUUGAAGCCUUUUUUGCAGAGGAGGUUGAGCAGGAGCAAGCCUCCAGCAUCUGAGGGAGCCACUUAGCUGGAAAUGGUCCAAGUCAGCUUCUUUAGUAUUUUCUUCUUGGGAGAAAUCUGCUGACUUCCUCAUACCUUACUCUGCCACUCUGUUCUAACAUCUGAUAAUCAGUUUUUGGCUGUGACCCUCUUUAAGGUGCUAUUUUUUUUUUUUAAAAUGCUGUUGGAGGGAUUCUUUUAAGUCCCUGUUUGAGUGUAACACAGCCACAUGAAAUUUAUACUUCCUUUCUCAACCUCUGGAAAUUACUGGUUAUAUUUAAUUAAUUAUGUUUAAAAUAUCUUUUGGGGGUAGAGUAGGAGUGUCAAGGAGGAAGUAGUGCACCUUCAGUGAUGCUUAAACUCUGUACUCCAGAUCAUUUGCACAUUUGAGUCUGCUUUUGUUACUGUAAUGGCUAUUUUUAACAAGCUGACAAAAGAGAUAUGAUGUUUGCUAAAGAAAAAUUCUAGCAAACACAUUCUUGAUAUACCACUAACCUUUUGAUAAUUAAAAGUAGCUGUCUAGGUUUGGGUUCAAUUGUUUCUUCCUUCUGUUAACUUAGAAGGUUCCUUCUAAGUUUCUUUGCCCUUCCUGGCUCCAGGCAGCAGAAGCCUCACAUAAUUAGACUUUAAAUAACUUGCACUUUGUAUAAAGUUUUCUUUUUGUUUAACAUGAUUCAACUCAAAAAAGGGUAAUUUUUAAAGGAAAAAUGGUGCCCAGUACUAUUUUUUCCCAAAUAGCAGAUUUUUUAACUUAAUUGGCUGAUGCCAACCUCUACUCCAGAGGAAAAGGUAACUGGUCCAUGAGGAUGUUAAGGUGCAGGAUACAUAGGCAGAGAUUUUACUAAGUUGAGCUGCUGCAUGCGGGGAACACCAGCAAAAUCUUUGAUACUUCUUUUAAAGUUAUUUUAAUUCCAUUCAUACUAACUUGAUUUUAGUGUCAACAAGAAGGGGUUUUUUACCAUUUUAGAUUUACAAUUCCUGUAGGUCAUAAUUAGAUAUUCUCUGUACAGCACUGUUGUACAUAAUAGCCAGUGUUGUACAAAGAGCCUCUGACUAUGUGGACAUUGUUUCCAUUGUGUAAAGCCGUAUGUAAUUAUCUGAUGCAGCACUGGGCAAUUUCUCAGCUCUACCUUUGAAGGAAGAGAGCUCCCUUCUGGCAUAACUUCUGUUAAAUUUAACUUGAAGCAUAAAUCCAAUGCCAGCUGCAGUUCAGGUAAUUUCUGUCCUUUAGUGCCUAGAGAAGUUAUUCAGGCAAAGCUGUCGUUGCUGGGAUGCUCAAAUUUAAUUAGUCUGUUCUUUCUUUCACUUGUCACUUGAACUUGCACUUUCUUAUUUAUCUACCCAUAUAAUAGAGUUUCUAUUUACCUUCAAAUAGAGUGAAUAUCUAGUGGGUGGGUAUUUUUUAUAAAGUCCCAAUGAAUUCAGGACUGCAAAUACCAUCAUUAUCUUCUGUUGCUCUACCACUUCUGUUACUGACCAAACAGAAAACUAAAUAUUAACAAGCAAUCUGUUGAAUUUCAGAGCUUUUGAGAGUAGAGAAAUGGAAGAGGAUUAUUACACUGUGUGUGCCUGAGGCUUGAAAGAAAUCUAAUCUGGGUUUGUUUUGCUCCCAGCUUAUGUGCUGGGAUUUAAAAAAGUUUAUAUUCUUGUUUUGAAGGCUAAUUAUGUAUAAUCAGGAAGACUGAAGAAAAGAGAGGAGUGCACACUUAGAGUAGUAGUGUUUAGAGUUUGAGGGUAAAAUAACAAAGCAAACUUUGAACAUAAUAUUGACAUAGUAUUUUUCUGGUUAACCUAUUGGGCUGUUGUAGAACAUUCUAAUUGAUCCUCUUUAUUUUUGUAAAAAGAAAUCCCUAAAAAACAAAGGUCAGCUGCCUCCUAAAAAAAUGUUUGAAAGUUUCCCUAUGCUGGCUUAUUAGUUGGAAGCAGUAGCAAGAGUGAGAGAUAUAUUUUUAUGGAUUUAUGCUAUAGAAUAGGAUUGUUACAGAGCAUUCAUUCUCCUAUUAAUAUGGGAGGCUUCCAGUGCUGUGACACAAUUAAGCUGUAAUUUUACUGGGGCUUUCAAGGAAAUAAAGAUUGGGGUGGGGGGAAGAGACUUAGGUCCAGGAAAAGUUCAGACCUCAAAUGUGCUUCAAAACAUGGAAUGUGUUGAAUCUUUUCCUUUGGGUUCUGUUGGGUUUUGUUUACUUUGUUUAGGGUAGGGUUUUUUAUUUUCUUCUCUUCCCUGCUCUCUUAUUUCUGAUUGAAAUAAGAAUUCUUAACUUUUUUUUUUUUUUUUUCUACAAGCUACAGCAGAGAGAGCAGAGCAAAGAAAACACUCAAAUUCUCUUUGGUUUACAGUAAUUGGAGGAGUUACAAGAUGAUGUUGCAGUUGUCUAGCUUCUCCCAGACCCCAAAUACACAGCAUUACUCUCUUUUGGUUUAGUGUUUGUAUGACAAUGUAAGCUAGUGGAGACCAAGCAUCUUUUCCCCCACUCCAGCAUAUACAGGUGUCAGUCCUGCUUGUGCACUUUCUUGUUUUUUCCUUUCCCACCUCUGUUCCUGUUUACAGCACUCAUGGAACAGCCUUGUCCUUUCAUGGACAGUUCCUUGUGGCUGCUGCUUGUACACUGCAAGUGAUGACUGGGGCAAAAGCUGGGCAUUUGCCAUUCUGAGCUGCUUCUGUCACAGAUAAUUGAAAGAAAAAAGUGUAGGGGAUUCAGCUUUUGGGGUCUUGCAUAUAUCCCUAGCAGGAGGAUAUGUACAUUUGCCUUUUCAUUAAGGAACACACUCCAGUGAGGAUGUUUGGUAUCACAGUGGAAAGUACAUCACAGACUGAUGACUAGAACAGCUUGAGAAGGAUUGCAAAGCUUUUGCCAUGUUCUGUCUCUUAGUAGUAAGUUAUGCAGAGCCAGGCAGCUCUUUGCUAAAUUUGCUGAUUGUAAGAGAUAGAAAGAUCACCUUCCAAAAAAAAAAAAAAAAAAAAGGAAGAAGAAGAUCAUUGUUUUCAUCAUGCUAUGACUGGAGUAGCUAAGGCUCCUUAAUGUAUGGUACAGCAUUUGCCUGGCUGGCUUGUGUCUGCAUACAUUUGAGUUCUGGUGCUUGCUGGAUACGAUUUUGAUUUCCUGCAAGCAGUUCUCAUUCAUUGUAUUUUUAUUUCAGGUGGGCCUUUGGUAUAUUAUGUUCCAGGUGCUUUUCUAGAAUAUGGAUGGUAACUGUGGAUUAAAAGUCUGUAUGAUGCUAUCAAGUUAUCAAAAAGCUCAAUGAGAAUUUGUACACUUGUGCCAUUAGCCUCCAUCAUGCUCUUGGCAUUUUGUUUCUGUUCAAUAUUGUGUGAAUCUAAAAUUUUACUGUUUCUUUUGUGUGUGUUUUUAAUUUAUGGAAAUAAAAUUUUUCU